UCCCAGACCCAGUUUUUGGAGAAACUAAGAAAUGCAUUAAGGGGCAAUAGAAGUCAAAGAGGAUUAGCUGAUAUAGCUGCAAUGUGUUAUGUUGAUAUUUGUAAAGCAUCUACUUAUGUCAAUUAUAAUGAUUCAUCGACUCUUCGAUCGAUAGUUCCAGACAUAGAAGUUGAGUUGAAGUCAAAAUUAUUUAAUCCUGCAAGCCCAUUUCCAAAUGAGAAUAAGGUGGAUCAUAGACUUAUGACCGAUUGUCUAACUGCCUUAUUUAGGCUAAACCCCCGAAAAACUCAGGAAUCUUUAAUUCCAUUAUGUUUACAAGACAGUGCACCCAGUGCUUUUAA